AUGCGAUCUCGGCUUCUGAUCUCUGUUGGUCUCCUGCCCACAAUUCGGGAAUCCUCAGAGGAGAUAUUGUCCAGGGGGCCUGUGCAGGAACCCCCACCCUCCCCCAGUCUGGAUGACUACGUGAGAUCCAUCUGUCAACUGGCACAGCCCACUUCUGUACUGGAUGAGGCCCCAGCUUGGGGAAGACCCAGAAGAUGGCACCGAUCAGCCCAAGCUUGGAGGAAGGGCUGCCCUACCAUGUCUUCAGAGGAAAUCACCACCUGCUUCAGCAGCCAGUGGCCCCAACUGCCUGGGGCCAGCACUGCUGACCCCCUGGAUUGGCUCUUUGGGGGGUCCCAGGAAAAGCAGCCAAGUAGGAGGGACCUGCUGAGAAGGACUGGCCCCUCUGCUGACCCAUGUGGUCCGCACAGACAGAUGGACAUGGGCAAGCCCAGAAGCGGCCCCAGAAUUAGGUUCUGUGAUAUCAGGGCACCUGGGCACUCUUUGGUGGAACCAUCACAGCAUGGGCACCAGGCAGCUGGGCCCAACCCCAGCCACAAUGGCACUGCCCUCAGAACUCUCCAUUCGCACCUCCCAGUGAUUCAUGAACUCUGA